UGUCAGUUUCAGAAAUUGUGCGCGCUUUGACAAUAAACUGUGGACGAUAGACAGUUUAAGUUUGUAUGUUGGCACUAAUUGUUAAUUCAAAUUGAAUUGAAAAAAGUUCGAUCAAAACAAUUGUUUGUGUUGUGGUAUGUUAAAAAUACGUUUGAAAACUAAUUUAUGUUAAGUUAAAUCAGAUUUGUUUGAAAAUGCCGGAACGUUUUCGUGUUUCAAAAUCUGAAGAACCCAAACAUAUUUUUGGAAAAUAUAAUAGUGAUUCGCAUAUAUCAGAAGACGAAGAUCGUGUAAAAGAAAAACUCCUGCCAACUAAUAACUCCGAUUAUAAGAAGACAUCCGGUCAAGGAGAUGGCGCCGAAGAGCAACCUUUUGUGUCGGAGAAGAUGUCGGGGUACGAGACGAACCUGUAUCUCUACUCCGAGGAGAUGGAAGACAGACCCAGGAUAUCUACUCUCAUAAGUUCAUUAGCAAACUACUCGAACACCAUUCCUCCAGCAUCAAAUGAUCCCGAUGCAAGACCGGCCGGUGGGGGCGCUCGUAUGGGCACCCUCAUGGGUGUCUACCUCCCCUGUAUCCAGAAUAUCUUCGGUGUGAUUCUUUUCAUUCGAUUGACGUGGGUAGUAGGCACAGCAGGGGCGAUUCAAGGUUUCCUUAUCGUGUUAUGCUGUUGCUGCGUCACCAUGUUGACAGCCAUCUCGAUGUCGGCGAUCGCCACCAACGGGGUGGUACCAGGAGGUGGGAGUUAUUUUAUGAUAUCCAGGUCACUUGGUCCAGAGUUUGGCGGCGCUGUUGGCAUGCUAUUUUACACAGGGACGACGUUAGCAGCCGCUAUGUACAUCGUUGGUGCGGUUGAAAUUGUCUUGACCUACAUGGCUCCUUGGUUGUCAAUUUUUGGGGAUUUUACUACAAAUCAAGAUGCAAUGUACAACAACUUUCGGGUCUAUGGAACUGGUUUACUCAUGGUGAUGGGAACUAUUGUGUUUGUCGGGGUGAAGUUUGUCAACAAAUUUGCCGCAGUUGCUCUUGCAUGCGUCAUACUUUCCAUACUGGCUGUGUACAUUGGAAUAUUCCGCAAUAUCAACGGCAAAGAUGAUUUGCAAAUGUGCGUUCUUGGCAAAAGAUUAUUACGUGUACCGGCUGCCGAUUGUUAUAAAAACGGUAGUGGUUUCUUACACAACAUGUUUUGUCCUAACGGAACUCGUUGCGACCCGUACUAUGAAACACAUGACGUAAUGCUAGUUCAAGGGAUUAAAGGCUUAGCAUCCGGAGUCUUUUUGGACAAUAUCUACGAUAGUUUCUUGGAAAAUGGACAGUACAUAGCAAUAGGGAACAAUCCUGAAGAUAUUGAACCAAUGGAAACUCAGAGAGAAACUGCUCAAGUGACGGCAGAUAUAACAACAACUUUUACAAUUUUGAUCGGAAUCUUUUUCCCUUCAGUAACUGGUAUUAUGGCCGGGUCUAAUCGUUCGGGUGACUUAGCUGAUGCCCAAAAAUCUAUACCAAUCGGAACAAUUUGUGCCAUAUUAACAACGUCGACUGUGUAUUUAUCAUCUGUGAUUCUUUUCGCUGCUACUGUCGACAACCUUCUACUUAGAGAUAAAUUUGGCUCAUCUAUAGGAGGUAAAUUAGUUGUAGCCAAUAUGGCGUGGCCAAAUGAAUGGGUUAUAUUAAUUGGGUCAUUUCUUUCGACCCUUGGUGCUGGUCUUCAGUCAUUGACUGGAGCUCCGCGCUUACUGCAAGCUAUCGCCAAAGACGGUAUUAUUCCAUUUUUAUCACCGUUUGCCGUGUCAUCAAGCCGUGGCGAGCCAACUCGAGCAUUAUUAUUAACAAUCGUCAUAUGUCAAUGUGGUAUAUUAUUAGGAAAUGUUGAUCUUUUGGCGCCCUUACUCUCGAUGUUUUUCUUAAUGUGCUACGGUUUUGUAAAUCUCGCUUGCGCUUUACAAACAUUACUACGAACACCCAAUUGGCGACCAAGAUUUAAAUAUUACCAUUGGUCCCUUUCAUUUAUCGGCUUAUCGUUGUGCAUAGCAAUAAUGUUUAUGACCUCCUGGUACUUUGCUCUCCUUGCCAUGGGAAUGGCAGGCAUGAUCUAUAAAUACAUCGAAUACAGAGGUGCCGAGAAAGAAUGGGGUGACGGCAUUCGAGGUCUAGCGUUGUCAGCAGCGCGAUAUUCAUUACUCCGCCUAGAAGAGGGUCCUCCCCACACCAAAAACUGGAGACCUCAGCUUCUCAUUCUCGUUAAAUUAACAACUGAUCUCGUUCCGAAAUACCGAAAAUUAUUUGCUUUCGCGUCGCAACUCAAAGCUGGGAAGGGUUUGACAGUUUGUGCUGCUGUAAUUGGCGGAGAUUUUACACGAUCAUACGGAGAAGCGAUGGCAGCUAAACAAAGCUUGAGAAAAACCAUGGACGAAGAACGGGUCAAGGGUUUUGUCGAUAUUCUAGUGGCACGCAACAUUACCGAAGGAUUAUCUAACUUAGUUCAAACCUCUGGUCUUGGUGGUAUGAAACCCAAUACGGUUAUUUUGGGAUGGCCGUAUGGAUGGCGACAAUCGGAAGAUGAUCGCACCUGGCAAGUUUUCUUGCAAACCGUCCGGAAUGUAACAGCCGCACACAUGGCGUUAUUAGUUCCUAAAGGUAUCAACUUUUUCCCGGAUUCCACAGAGAAAGUCUUCGGGAACAUCGAUAUCUGGUGGAUUGUUCAUGACGGUGGGCUUCUCAUGUUGUUACCCUUCCUUCUCAAACAGCAUCGCACUUGGAAAAAUUGCAAGAUGCGCAUUUUCACCGUUGCUCAAAUGGAAGACAAUUCCAUACAAAUGAAGAAAGAUCUAAAGACGUUUUUAUAUCACCUUCGAAUUGAAGCAGAAGUUGAAGUCGUUGAAAUGAUGGAUAGCGAUAUUUCGGCAUACACAUACGAAAGGACUCUGAUGAUGGAACAGCGAAAUCAAAUGUUGCGAGAACUUCGUCUCAACAAAAAAGAAAGUUUGGGUGUGGUGGAUUUGGUGGAUUUCAAUGCAAUGUCUACUGAAGAGAAGCUGCCUCUGGUUCAGUCAAUUGUAGAUCAACACCAUCAAAAUGUGGAUGCUAAAACUGCUACCAAAGUUAGGUUCCAGGAACCUAGCGCUGAAGGAGAUAAAGAUAACAAAGCGGCUGAAACGGAACCGACAAACGAGGUAUGUCAUCAAAAUGAAGUAAAUUUGAUUAUAAUUUUGUUUUUUCAGCCUAAUUCACAGCCGAAAACCGAGGAUAAUGAUAAUUCGACAACAGAAAAAGAAGAUCCGUCGGAGAAAGAGAAGGAAUGUAAUGAAGAAACAAAAGAGAACAAUAUUUCCCAAGAGAAAAAGAAACCCGCAACAAUAACCCCUGACGAAGGCAACGUCCGUCGUAUGCAUACAGCUGUGAAAUUAAACGAAGUGAUAGUGAGUCGUUCCCACGAAGCUCAACUUGUGAUCUUGAAUUUACCUGGCCCUCCAAAAGACACCAAGUUGGAAAGAGAAUCCAAUUAUAUGGAAUUCUUAGAAGUGCUCACUGAAGGUUUAGAACGUGUGCUCAUGGUCCGUGGUGGUGGCCAAGAAGUUAUCACUAUCUAUUCGUAACUUAAAUAUGGAAUCAAGAUUGGAGUGUCAGUUUUGUAUUGUCUGACAGCCAAGCAGUUAAUCAAAGGACGUUGCUAUGGAAAUGGCGAUAGCCGAACAGUAUUUAAUUAUAAUAUGUUAUCACGUCUGGAUAGUGAUUAUGCCAAAGAGAUACUUAUUUAUUCUUCUCAAUGUUAUAGAUUGUAUGAGCGGUGAUGUUGGAGAAUGUACAGGUAGAAUGAUAAUAAGUAAUCGUUUUUCUGUACUGUCUCCUACUGGAACCGACGUGAUUCUCUAUCCUAUGUAAUACUGUAUCAAAUCAAAAUGAUGUUCCGCGAAGUGCUCACUUUUCUAUAAGAACGGCUGGGCCAUGCCAAAUACCACUUGAGUGCAUGCAGUGUUAUGAUAGGGUGUAGCAUAAGACUAUAGUAGAAUAGCCUAAUACUGCUAACACUAACGAGUGUAUUCAUGUAGUUUCGUUAGUUCUGUUAUAUAUCAUAUUACAUUUAAUGUCCAGCGAAUUUCUUUUACACUCAAAUAAUAUCGAUACUUAGAGUGUCAUUUUAUAAAUUCAGUAAACAUAAAGUGAGUGUGUACUUAAGUACGCUAUCAUCUCAGUCUCAUUAGGUGGUAAAAUACGCGUAUAUGGUAUAUACUAUAAGAACAUUACUGAGCAAUAUUAAUUAAUAAUUACUGUAUUAAAUGUCAAAUUAAUUAUGAAGUGAUAGGAUAUUCACAUGUACAAUCUAUACCGACCGCCGGAGGGCGGGCUCUCCGUGCUGUGACAGGUGACAGUGCUCACUCACGAUCAGUUCUCUUGCAUGCUGCGACCGACUCUGUCUCGUGCGGCCUGCCGUAGAGAUAAUAGUGCACUAGUGAUCUCAACUAGCCUUAAAGGUACCUUGAAAUAUUAAAUUCUAUUUAUUUAUAUCUAUGUGUCACUAAAUUAGCUGCUGCCAGAUUACGCCAUUAUACAUCAACCACUUAUGACUGUUGGUGCCCUCGUCCAAGUGGCGUUCAAAUAGAAUUUAUUUAUUUAUCAUCCCGAGCUAGUCGUUAUCACUUUUAUACGUUCGAUUAUUAUCAUUUCUUUCCAAUUUCCAUCUAUUUACCAUUCUUGUAAAUGGCGCAAUCUGUUUAUCUUAUUAUUGACAAUGUGUUCAUUGGAUAAAAAUAUUAAAUAAAAUUACAUAGUAUAAACA